AUGUCACAAACUGGUAAGAACCUCCUUGUUAAGUUGAUUGUUGGUGCUGGCCAGGCGGCGCCUGCUCCUCCAGUUGGUCCCGCAUUAGGUUCCAAAGGUGUAAAGGCCAUCGAUUUCUGUAAAGAAUUCAACGCCAGAACUGCGAAUUUCGCUCCAGGAACCCCAAUCCCAUGUUUGUUAACGGUUAAGCCAGACAGAACGUUCACAUUUGAAAUGAAAUCUCCCCCAACCGCAUGGUUGAUCCUCAAGGCAGCUGGAGCUGAAAAAGGGGCUGCACAACCUAAGAAGGAAACUGUAGGAACUAUAUCUUUAAAGCAUAUCUAUGAAAUAGCCAAGAUCAAGAAGUCCGAUGGGAGACAUGCCGAUUUAGAUUUGAAAAAUAUCUGCCGUCAAGUAAUUCUGAAUGCAGAAACUGUAGGUGUUAAGGUGGUCCCAUAA